AUGGCUGAAAACGACUACAAAUUCGAGGGCUGGAUGGGCCUGGAUCCCAGCUCCGGCCAGGGUAACAUGGUCUGGCAAGAGUUUAAGCCCAAGACGUGGGAGGAGACAGAUAUCGAUAUCAAGAUCUCCCACUGUGGUAUCUGUGGCUCGGACCUGCACACUCUGCGUAGUGGCUGGAGACCCACUCUCUAUCCUUGCUGUGUUGGACACGAGAUCGUUGGCACUGCGGUUCGCGUGGGAUCUAAGGUGACCAACGGCAUCAAGGUGGGCGACCGUGUUGGUGUCGGCGCACAGAGUGACUCUUGCCAGGGUCGCCAGGGUGAUUGCGAAGAGUGCGCUAUGGGCUCGGAGCAGUACUGCUCUAAGAAGUUCACUGGUACCUACAACAGCACUCACCAGAAUGGCGACAAGUCCUACGGUGGAUAUGCGUUGUACAACCGUGUGCCCGCGCACUUUGCUAUUAAGAUCCCCGAUGGCAUUUCCUCGGCAGCUGCUGCUCCUAUGCUGUGUGGUGGUGUGACGCUCUACAGCCCUCUCAAGCAUAAUGGCUGUGGUCCCGGCAAGCGCGUUGGUAUCAUCGGAGUUGGUGGUCUCGGCCACUUUGGUGUAAUGUUUGCCAAGGCUAUGAAUGCCGACAAGGUCGUUGCGAUUUCUCGCAAGACUGCUAAGAGCGAGGAUGCGAUUAAGAUGGGCGCUGAUCUGUACAUUGCGACUGAUGAUGAGCCGGAUUGGGCGACGAAGCAUGCCCGGUCUUUGGAUCUGAUUGUGUGCACCGUUUCUUCCACCAAGAUGCCCAUGGAUGACUACCUGGGUCUCCUGCGCACUAAUGGAAGUCUGGUGCAAGUUGGUCUGCCCGAAGACGGCACUCUCUACGCCCCCGUGCGUAAACUCAUGCGUCGCUUGAAGGUUGAGAGCUCGCUCGUUGGCAGCCCCAACGAGAUCCGUGAGAUGUUCCAGCUGGUUGCUGAGAAGAACAUUCAACCCUGGAUCGAGGAGAUCCCCAUGAAGGACGCUAACAAGGCCAUUGUGGAUAUGGAGGACGGCAAGGCGCGCUACCGCUACGUGCUGGUUAACGAGUGA